AUGCAACUCCCCGUGGUCGCCGCCGCCCUCCUCGGGCUCGCCCAGCAGGCCCGUGGCCAGGCCAUGAUGCGCUUCGGCUGCUCGCAGCUCGUCGUCGAGCGCACCGACCCCCUCGUCAACCCUGGCCAGGUGUACACGCCCCACGUCCACCAGAUCGUGGGAGGCAACUCGUUCAACGUGUCCAUGGACCCGGCCGACCAUGACCCGGCCGCGCUGUCCACCUGCACCACUUGCACGUACUCUCAGGACAUGUCCAACUACUGGACCGCCGUGCUUUACUACAAGGCUCGCAACGGCACCUUUAAGCGCGUGGCCCAAGAAGCCAACAUGGGUCUGAUUCAGAAUGGGGGCAUUACCGUCUACUACAUUCCCCCUAUGAUGGCAGGACCACCGUCACGGCGUUCCCCAAGGUAUGACUAUCCCUAUACUAUAGGCCGAUACCAACAAACGUUGGGAGAGGGCUUCCGCAUGAUUGCCGGUGACCCGGGCCAAGAAGGCUCCGAGGGCAUGCAACCCGGCAUCUGCCACCGAUGCUUCGGCAGGAACCAGCAGCCCUUCGGCGGCGCCCCGUGCACCGGAGCCGACACGGCGGCUCUUCCCAAGGAGAUGUGCCUGGGCGGCAUCCGAACCACCGUCACCUUCCCUACCUGCUGGGACGGCAAGAACACGGACAGCGCCGACCACAAGUCCCACAUCGCUUAUCCCACUCCGGCUUUCGAGGCCAACGGCCAGUGCCCCGAAUCUCACCCCAUCAAGCUGCCCCAGGUCAUGUACGAGAUUAUGUGGGAUACCAAGCCCUACAACGACCCUGAGCUCUGGCCCGAGGACGGCUCGCAGCCUUUCGUUUACAGCUUCGGCGACAAGCUCGGCUACGGUCAACACGGCGACUACCUCUUUGGCUGGAAGGAGGACUCCCUUCAAAAGGCGCUCGAUGCCCGGUGCAACCUCGACAGGUGCGCUAGCCUCGAUUACCAGACCCCCAGGAAGCCAUGCAGUGCAAUGUCCCCCAGACGGCUACCGAGGAGGUCGACGGCUGGCUCAGCGCUCUUCCUGGAAACUGGCCCAACGCCUAAGAUUAGGCACGGAAAGCCCGGGAUAUAUCUCCUGUAUGAGCUGAACGCCUCCUUUGGACUAUAA